AUGGCAGGUGAUACGCGAGAUUCUGCUUCCACACCCUCCCCCAUCACCUCCCAUCCUCAACCUCGAGGGCCUCCGCCCGGCGAAACCUCACCACCUCCCCACGUUCAGUCCCCCCCCAAGAUCUACGAAGUAUUUACUGGCCCACCCCCAAAUGCGAAUGCGCUUCCGCAGGGCUCCGGCCAGAAUACUGCAGGAGGACAUGCAAAAAUGCCAACUUUGUCCGAGGGAAUCAAGACGGUACGGCUGGAGGAUUUCAAACAAAUGUAUAUGUAUCCCUGUGUAAGAGAGAGCCUGCUCAUGGGUAUUGGAGGCGGCUUUGGGAUGGGAGGAAUCAGAGCUUUAUGGGGCGCCCGAAUACCCAAAGCCGCCAAUUGGGCCGUAGGAACAUUCAUCUUCGCAGCGUUCGCCAACUACGAAUUCUGUCAGUACCGGCGCAUGAUAGAGAAAGCCCAUAUGAAGCGUGCCGUCGAGAUAAUCGACCGGAAGAAGGCCGAGAAGGAGGCCGCGGCCCAGGCGAAGCGGGAAGAGAGGAGGCGGCUGAAAGAGGAGGCGGACAACAAAGCAGAAGAAUCCGGUAACAAAAGCCGCUGGAGGUUUUGGUAA